GUAGGAAGAUAUAUGUACUCUGUUAACGUCUCGAUAUCAUGAUUAGGCACGUAUUUUGAGAAGAUUUCUCAAGUUGCAGAAAGCAGCGGUAUGCUCGAAACGCAUACACCUCCACUGGCGCCAAGAGCGUGCCAGCGUUGCCAUAGUUUAAAAAAGAGAUGCGACCGAGUAUUCCCAUUAUGUCUGCGCUGCCACAUGUCCAAAAGCAAAUGUGUAUAUAGUGAACUACCAAAGGAUCAAGCAGAGGAAACUAUCAAAUCAUGUACACUUGAAAAAUUACAAAUGCAAUUGAACGACUUACAGGCCAAAAUGAACGUUUUAAGCAGUCAUUCAACGCAGCAGAUAUCUUCUAUACCGAUGCUUCAGGUCGAUGGCACCAAUACAGUAUUACAGCAAGAUCUACAGCAAGAUCUACACUCGCUUCAGCACACUAUAUCAACUAGUUCAGAUCCUUGUUAUAGAUGGGACAUUAAAGUAAACGCAGAAGGUAUCGCCAUCGAUACCUCUGCUUUUACUAUUGCCGAUUUGCUCAAAGGGAUGAGCCAUAGCGCCCAAGUCCUGGGAAUCGAUGAACCUCUGUUUAUGGAAGCCAUAAAUCAAGCGCAAAUACAUCCUGCACUGCGCUGGCGCACUCAGGACGAAGGAAUCGUCAAAAGGUUUCUCAAUGUGUAUAGCGAGACGCAAGAUGAUAUGGAUAAUACAUAUCCGUCGGCGACAGAGAACGACUCCAGCAACUAUGUAAUGAUAUGUCUACACAAUUUCUUCAACUGUUUUUACCCAUGGGCACCUUGCUUUCACAAACCGACAUUUAUGGCAAAACUCGCUAAUCCAGCAGAACACACCCUCUCAUUUCGGCUUUUGAUUUUAGCUAUCUGUGCCUACAAUGCGUCGCACGCUUUGGGAUUCCACGAAGGCGAAUACCCAUGGGCUGGUGUGAGCGAAUACGUUCGAUCUGGUCAAGCAUUCUACGUUGUGGCUCGAAGAAUUCUUGCUGACAUCUGCCUAGAUGAUGGCAUAGAAGUUUGGACCAUUGUUGCCUUACACUAUCUCUCUAUAUAUUGUCUUGACAAAUCUAAAAGCCGCAGUUUGCACUAUCACUCGUUAGCAACACGUAUGGCAAUACAACGAGGCUACAAUAUAUCGCAGCAACAGUCAGAGGAGUCAGUUGAACUGGAGAUUGGCCACAGGCUGUGGUGGACUCUGAUGCUGUUCUCCGACAUACUGGAUUGGACUGGCUAUACAGACGGCGAUUUGAAUGCUCUUCAAGAGACCCAAAUUGCGCUACCAAUGCCACUUCCAGAUGAAGAAAAAACUACUGCAGAGGCACUUGCGUUUUAUGUACACUUUAUUCAGAAUGUUAUGAAACACAAUGGUAUUCACCAGGGAUUUAUAGCCAAAGAGCGGAAGUACAGAGUUCAUCAUGAUAAAGAAUCAAAAAUGGACGAGAGUGAUAACAAUACCGCUUCUCCUAUAAAUCCUGUACUGGAUUUUCCGGACAUGGAAUGGCAAGAAUAUCUUCCUGACAGUACAAGAAAUACAAUGAAAUACUCGCUGCAAAUAGUCCAACAGUUUACCGAGUUAACUUUCCAUAAGCGACGCAUACUAGAAGCUCGGCUCAUCAAUGAUGAUAAGACCCUCUCGGAAGCAACAGAGGACUGCAUAUCGACUGCCAAUUUACUGGUUCUGACUUUUGAAAAGUGCUAUGGCCACCAACUAACUCACUUUAACAACGUCAUGGAAUUAUGGCAUGCUAGCAUUAUGAGUGUUAUAUGUGCUGUAUUGCUCGACGAUAUACCCGGCGCCAACGAUUUGACCAUCCAACAGAACGCUGCUGAACAACAUGAGCAUUUGAAAAGACUCUUACAGAUAUUCAAGGAUAUCUCAUAUUCACGCGCAUCAGAAAUUCAAAUUGACCGAGUUCGGGACCAUAACCCGGCAUGGGACAAAUUUAAUCGUGUUCUUAUUGCCCAAGGAUUCGUCAGAUAAUAUGUUUUAUCUAUUGAACAGCUGGAAUUGAAGCAUUUCCAUCAUUAAAAAAAUUCUUUGCUUAAAUACCUUGCUUAAAGCACUUAAUUUUUUUUUUUCACUUUGGUCGGCCAAGGAUCACCAGUUUUCCAUUUUUGCCCCUACCUUCUAGUAUUUUUCCUAGAUCGGUCGCGGCUCCAUGACAAGCGAUAAGAUCGAGCCAAUAUUCAAUCCGAGUCUUUGGAGACAACGUCGGACAUU